UGAGGCAUACUCAAUUUGAGCCGAACUUUGUGUAUUUUGCCUAGGUUCGGCUGACAACUUCAGCCGAACGUAUGCCUCGAAACAUUUUGGUAUGUCUCAAAACAGGUUUCAAACUCAAGGAUGACGGCUUCAUUGGUGUGGACGAAUAAACUAUUUUCAUGGGCCUUUCAAGUUUUCGUUAAAGCCUAGUCAAGGGUUUUGGACUUUUGGUCCUUCGGAUAAUACCCGCUCAUUUUCCGCAUAUACAUUCACACUCAGAACCCUGUUCUGUCUUCAUCUCGAUUCCCAUUUCGAUUCCCCCAAAUUCGAAACCCUAAACUCAUCUUCUAAGCUGUAACGGAUCUAAUAUGCUAGAGUUGUCAAAGCGAUGAAGAUUAAGGGUUUGUUAGUCCCAGCUGUGCAAGUAAAUAAUUUAACUCAAACUCUAGUUUCUGAAGUUAAUGAAGACCAACAAUGGAGUCCUUUUUUUGGUUGGGAAUCUGGUGGAGAAGGAAUCACAAUCAUACUAUUUGCAGAAAAAGAGUACUGUAGGAAGAUGGGGAGUGAGGAGAAGGAGAAAGGGUGUGAGACUAAUUAAGGGAAUUGAGGAUUACAUAAAGUUGAAGAUUUAAAGAUGAGCAAAUGGAGGUUGAAGGAAGAGAAUUGCUGAAUUGGAAGAUUUUUAGAAAUAGAACUCAAUAUAGAACCCCCAUUUUAAGUCGGUUUCAAGUCAUACACCGCCUCAAACUUCAGAGGAAUUCUGAAUAUGGAAACCGCCCCCAACUAGUAUAAGUAUCACAUCCCAGGCACUUCAAUUCCUCACAAACAAAUUUACUACUACAAAAAUCUUUUGUAAGUUGCAGAGCAUAUGAGAAUGGCGAAAGACAAAACCCUUGUUCAGAAUCGUGAUGAUGAAGAGGAAUUUUCAGAAAAAGAAGAGUAUAAGAUUCACGGCAGAAGGAAAGCAAGUAAUGGCGGUCGUGGCGGUGGUAAAAGUAGGGGUGGUUCGAGUAGGAAACGAAUGAGGUCAACAUUUGUAGAUGAUGUUGCUGAAGAAGCUGAUGACGAUGAAGAAGAAGAGGAGGAUGAUGAUUAUUAUGAAAAUUAUGGAGAAAGUAGGAAGAAGAGGAAACAAAAUUCUGCUGCUGCGCCAUUCAUUGACGACCAAGCAAUUGUUGCUAGUAGUGAUGAAGACGAGUCGACUGAUGGAGAAGGAGAAGAUCCCUUUAUAGUUUCUAAUGAUGAACAAGAAGAUGAUGAUGACAGGAGGAAGGGACAUGGAUACAAGCCUCAUCCUUGGUUUUCUGAUGGUGAAGAAGAUAUCGAAGAGAUCGAGAGAAGAAUUCAACAACUGUAUCAAAGCUAUGAUGUAGAAAUUGAUGAGGCAGAUAUCAAUGAUGUCGAGCAGCAAUCUCGUUUGCCGUCAGUUAAGGAUUCCAAGUUGUGGACAGUGAAAUGUGCGAUUGGUCAUGAGCGAGAGGCAGCUUUUUGCCUUAUGCAGAAAUGUGCCAUUGAUCAACCUGGGAUGCAUAUAAGGUCUGCCAUCGCUCUUGAUUAUCUCCAGACCUACAUCUACGUCGAAGCUGAUAAGGAGGCACAUGUCAGAGAGGCUUGCAAAGGUCUCAAAAUGUUAGAUACCAGAAAAAUAGUGCUUGUGCCGAUUAAAGAGAUGACCGAUGUGGUUUCAGCAAAAGGCAAAGCCCUUGACAUUGUGAAGGAUAUGUGGGUGCGAAUGAAGAUCGGGAUAUACAAAGGGGAUAUUGCAAAAGUUGUUAGUGUGCCUGAUAUGCGACAAAGGGUUAUGCUUAAGCUAAUUCCAAGGGUUGACUUACAAGCUGUUGCCGACAAAUUAGAUGGUAGAAAAGUUUCGAAGAAGGCAAUCAUUCCGCCUCAACGUCUUGUGAAUUCAGGUGAAGCAAGAAACCUUAACAUACCAGUAGACUCUAGGAGGGAACGAAGCACUGGAAUUUCUUUUGAUGUGAUUGAUGGGAAGACGUUUAAAGAUGGUUUCCUAUAUAAAACAGUAUCGGAGAAAUCAAUUGAAUACCAAAAUAUUCAACCAUCUUUCAAUGAGCUUGAAAGAUUUUGUGAGUCUGGUAUGUCCACUUCACUGGAAAACAGGAGAAAAUUCCAUUAUAUGAAGGGUGAUGCUGUUAUUGUUGUCAAAGGAGAUCUCAUAAAUCUGAUGGGAUGGGUUGAGAAAGUGGAAGACGAUAACCUCCAUAUCAAACCAAAUCGGAAGGACCUGCAUACAACAAUUGUUGUGAAUGAAAAUUAUGUUUGCAAAUACUUCAAGCUUGGGGAUCAUGUGAAGGUCGUCUCUGGUGCUCAUGAAGGUGCAACCGGUACUGUCAUUAAGGUUAACAGUAAUGUGCUCAUUUUAGUAUCUGAUGCGACUAGGGAGGAUAUCAGUGUUUUUGCUGACAACGUCGUGGAUAGCUCUGAAGUAGCUCCUGGAGCUACUACCAGAAUUGGAGAUUAUGAAUUACAUGACCUUGUCAUGCUUGCUGACAUGAGCUUUGGGAUGAUUAUACGAUUAGAGAGUGAAUCACUUCAAGUGCUGAAGGGAGAUCCAGAUAGACCUGUGGUUGCAGUAGUGAAGUUGAGGGACAUCAAAUAUAAGAUAGAUGAUAGGAGGAAUACCGCCAAAGAUCGUUCCAGAAAUGACGUGUCUGUGAAAGAUAUUGUGAAGAUUCUCAUGGGUCCUUGCCAAGGGAAACAAGGUUCUGUCGAACAUAUACGUGGAGGUAUAUUGUUCACAAAUGACCGCCAUCACAUGGAGCAUUCUGGUUUUAUUUGUGUGCAAGCAGAGUCUUGCAUAGUAAUGAGAGGCUCAAAUGCCAAGGUUUCCCUGCCCUCAAGAUGUGCAACUUCAAGACAGACAGCUUAUAUUCCCCCUUCACCAAGAAGAUAUUCUACAGGACCUCCAUUAGAUUCUGGGGUGAGACAUAGGGGAGCUGCUGCUGGGCGAGGAGGGCGUGAUAAUUUUGUUGGUAGCAUUGUGAAAAUCCGUCUUGGAAACUUCAAGGGAUGUGGUGGUCGUGUUGUGAGCCGCAAUGAUCAAUUAGUUCGGGUUGAAUUGGAGUCUCAGAUGAAAACGGUUACAGUUAAACGUGAGGAGAUAUCUGUAGACGCGGGUGUUUUCACUUCAUCCAGUGAAGCACCUCAACAAGGUAUUGGAAGUCAGACACCCAUGCAUCGAGCACAAACUCCACUGCACCCAUAUAUGACUCCUAUGAGAGAUCAAGGCGGAGAAACACCAGUACAUAGUGGUAUGCGGACGCCUAUGCGCCAUCAAGCUUGGAAUCCUUAUGCUAUCUCAACUUACUAGAUUUGUACCAGUAAUAUUCAGUAAAAAUUAUUUAGUUUUGACAUUGUGUUGUAAUCUAAUAUUGUGAUCUGUAACCUUGCAAACAUUGAAUUACAAUUAUUAUUAGUCUGUUGCAGAAUCUUCAAAACUCGCAAUUCAAAUUCCUGCUAAUCUGUUUACUUGCUUUUU